AUGAUCAUUGAAAAUCUAGACGCGCUGAAAUCGUGGCUGUCUGAAACGCUUGAGCCUAUCUGUGACGCCGACCCCUCUGCUCUCGCCAAAUAUGUCGUGGCAUUGGUGAAAAAAGAUAAAACUGAGAAAGAACUGAAAGCCCUUUGUAUUGACCAACUGGAUGUGUUUCUACAGAAAGAUACCCAACUGUUUGUGGAUAAACUUUUUGUAGCUAUAAAUGGAAAAAGCUACCUCCCUCAGUCAGAACAGCCUGCACAAGUCCCAAAACUUGAGAAAGAUGAUCCAAAAAAGGAGGAGCCAAUUCAGGAAGAAGAACGAGACAAGAGGAAUUCACGCCGUUUGACUCAUAGUCCACCUCAGUCCAGCUCUAGAUACAGUCGAGACAUCAGAAGAGAUGAUCGAAGAAGAGACGACCGCAACCGGAAGAGGGAUUACGAUCGCCUGCCUCCCAGAAGGGACUCGUACCGCGACCGCUACAAUCGCAGACGAGGGCGCAGCUACAGUCGCAGCCGCAGCCGAAGUUGGAGUAAAGACAGAGCUCGAGACAAAGACAGGGAGAGGGACCGGGACCGCACACGAAGCCGGACGCACAGUCGGAGCAGGAGUAGAGAGAGGGAUUCGGGAAAGACUCGGCCUGAAGCUGGUGAUGCUUUUGUGCCGCCUGUCACCGUGUCGUCUGCAUCCACGUCUCAUUUCCCUGUUCCAUCACUGAGCAGCACCAUAACAGUUAUCGCCCCCACUCAUCACCACAGCAACAACACCACAGAGAGCUGGUCCGAGUUUCGACCUGAACAUCCUGUGGAGCGCGGGCCGUUCACCCGUGGGCCGCCUCCACUGCAGAGGAAAAGAUGUCGCGACUAUGACGAGAAGGGCUUUUGCAUGCGAGGAGACAUGUGUCCCUUUGACCAUGGAAGUGACCCUGUGGUGGUUGAAGAUGUGAAUUUGCCAAAUAUGCUGCCUUUCCAACCUCCGCCUAUCCCAGGUGUGGAUCCUCCUCCUCCAGGACUGCCUCCACCUCCUCCGCUGCUGAAUCCACCACCUGUGAACAUGCGGCCCCCCGUGCCUCCCCCAGGCACGCUCCCACCCAGCCUUCCACCAGUAGCAGGUCCUCCUCCUCCUCUUCCACCGCUUCAACCCUCAGGGAUGGACGCACCUCCCAACUCCAUCACCAGCUCGGUGCCCACCAUCGUCACCUCUGGGAUGCGGCCCGCUCUUCCCCCUGGACCACCACCACCAUUAUUUAGUCCUGGAGUAUUUGAAACGGACGUAUACAACCCUGAAGCUCCAAGCAUAACCAGUUCAUCAAGGCCUGUGUACCGUCAUCACCGCAACACCCAAAGACCCAACCUGAUUGGCCUCACAAUGGGAGACGUGGACCAGCCACCAAGAGAAAAGAUUCCAAAUAACAGCAUGAGGAUUGUGAUGGAAUCUGACUCUAGAAAAAGGGCAGCCGGCUGUCACGAUGGUGGUAUUUUGUCUAAGAAACCAUGGUUUGAAAAGCCCAACUUUAACAAAGCCAAUCACCACGGUUACUACAAACGGGGCCCAUUCAAUCCUUUGAACAGCAAACUGCUGGUUCGACAAAUUCCCUCAGAGCUUAACAACAUAAGCAAACUCAAUGAACAUUUCAGCAAGUUUGGCACCAUUGUCAACCUACAGGUGGCCUUUAAGAAUGACCCGGAAGGCGCUCUUAUCCAGUUUGCUGCUCCAGAGGAGGCAAAGCGAGCCUUUCAGAGUCCAGAGGCCGUGCUCAACAACCGCUUCAUCAGAGUUUACUGGUAUCGAGAAGAGAGUGGCGACACACAGACACAGCAACUACAACAGCACUCGCAGAUGCAGCAACAGCAGCAGUCGUCGCCACCACAACUGCAACAAACUCUGCAACAAACCGUGCUACCAACGACAUCCCUGAAACAGUCUGUCAAAGACCGCCUUGGGCCCCUCGUCACACCAAGCCCUGAGCCGACGCAAGACUCAAGUGUUGAACCUCAGAAUUCUUCAAAGCCAUCAGUGAAGGAACGUUUGGGUUUCUCAGCCAAACCAGCAGCUCCAGUAGAAAAGGUCUUUUCCACUUCCACUGGUCUUACAAAAACUGUGUACAAUCCUGUCGCAUUGAAGACUGUUCAGAAAACCUCAGAAGUCCUUAAGAAAAAACAGGACGCACUAAAAUUACAGCAGGAUGUGAGGAAGAAGAAACAGGAGAUUCUAGAGAAGCACAUUGAAACUCAGAAGCUCCUCAUCUCUAAACUCGAGAAGAAUAAAUCAAUGAAAGCUGAAGAUAAAGCGAAGAUUAUGGAGACGUUGAGCACCUUAACCAAAAGCAUCACGAAACUACAAGAGGAGAUUAAAGGCAUUUCAGCCGUGGCUCCCAUUCGAUUGGCAAAGACCAAAGCACAGGCACAAAAGGAGCUGUUGGAUGCGGAGUUGGACUUGUACAAGAAGACUCAGUCUGGAGAAGACACAGCGCUCCUGAAGAUAAAGUACACACAGCUGCAAAUCGAGGCUGCCAAAAGGGGGCUCUUGUCUUCGUCUCGGGGCCGGGGGCAGCAUCCUCGCGGUCGCGGCGGUCUGCGGGCGAGAGGAAGGGGAGGGGGAAGGGGCCGAGGCCGAGGGCUCCCAUCACACGCAGUCUUGGACUACAGACCCAGAGCGCUGGAGAUCUCCGGCUUCAGCUCCUCUGAGAACGUGAACAUCCUGCCUCACUUUGCGCAAUUUGGAGACAUUGAAGAUUGUCAAAUCAACGAUGGCAGCUUGACUGCAGUCAUCACGUACAAGACGAGAGCUGAGGCUGAACUGGCGGCUAUACACGGUGUGCGGCUGAAUAACCAGACUCUGCGUCUUGCUUGGCACAAACCGGCUGUGAAUCUCAGUCAUGUGAAUGCAGACGAUGCUGAACAAGAUGAAGAUGAUUAUCCAGACGAGUCGCUGAGUGAUGAUGCGUUGCUGCAGGACGAUGAUGAAGAGGAUGACGAGCCUCGCUCCUGGAGAAGAUGA